UGCCCUCGGCGCGAGCCGGGGGCCCGGAAGGGAGCUCUGGAUUUUGGUCCCUCCCCUUUUCCCUUCUGUGUCUUGGAGCACUGGGGCGCUCAGACCCUCCUGCGGUCAGGUACCAGCCUGGAGGAGAGCGCAUCUCUCCUCCAAGCCCUCCACCAUGGGCAAUGCCUCCAAUGACUCCGGGUGGGUGGAGGACUGCGAAAAUCGUCAGUUGCUCCCCUCGGGCGAAAGUCCAGCCAUCAGCUCGGUGAUGUUCUCAGCCGGGGUUCUGGGGAACCUUAUUGCGCUGGCGCUGCUGGCGCGCCGUUGGCGCGGGGACACGGGGUGCAGUGCGGGUAGCAGGACCUCUAUCUCCUUGUUCCACGUGCUGGUGACAGAGCUGGUGCUCACCGACCUUCUGGGGACCUGCCUCAUCAGCCCGGUUGUGCUGGCUUCCUAUGCGAAGAACCAGACCCUGGUGGCCCUGGCUCCUGAGAGCCGCGUGUGCACCUAUUUCGCCUUCACUAUGACCUUCUUCAGUCUGGCCACGAUGCUCAUGCUCUUUGCCAUGGCCCUGGAGCGCUACCUCUCCAUCGGGCACCCUUACUUCUACCGGCGCCGCUUCUCGCGCCGUGGGGGCCUGGCGGUCCUGCCCGCCAUCUACGCGGUCUCCUUGCUCUUCUGCUCCCUGCCGUUGCUCAACUACGGGGAGUACGUCCAGUACUGCCCCGGGUCUUGGUGCUUUAUCCGGCACGGGCGGACUGCAUACCUGCAGCUGUACGCCACGGUGCUGCUGCUGCUCAUCUUGGCGGUGCUCGCCUGCAACUUCAGCGUCAUCCUUAACCUCAUCCGCAUGCACCGUCGGGGCAGAAGAAGCCGCUGUGGAUCAUCUGGCAGUGGCCUGGGUGGCCCUGGGUCGCGCAGGAGAGGAGAAAGGACUUCAAUGGCGGAGGAGGCGGACCACCUCAUUCUCCUGGCCAUUAUGACCAUCACCUUCGCCAUCUGCUCCUUACCUUUCACAAUCUUUGCUUAUAUGAAUGAAACCUCUUCCCGAAAGGAAAAGUGGGACCUCCAAGCUCUUAGAUUUUUAUCAAUUAACUCUAUAAUUGACCCUUGGGUCUUUGCCAUCCUUAGGCCACCGGUCCUGAGACUAAUGCGUUCAGUCCUCUGUUGUCGGACUUCAUUGAGAACACAAGAAGCUUCACGAACUUCCUGUUCUACCCAGCCCAGUGCCAGUAAACAGACUGACCUUUGUAGACAGUUGUGAGGACGCCACUUCAAGAGGGAGCCUCAGCAAACGCCUUUAAACGGCUUUGUUGGAGAAACGUUAAGAGCUGGCAUAUAAACAAAAUGAAGCUGCCCUGAUGAAGCCGUGGUUUGACUGUAGAUCUGAUGACAAAUCUUUGUGGAAGUCCCCCGAAGGAUGUCUAGAGCUCACCUUAUGUGGCCUUUGAAGGACAAGCAGCUGCGUCUGAGACCCGCUUGAUUUAAGCUUUCCUGCUGAAUGACAAAGCAUGUGGUUUUGUAAUUUGUUUAAAACUCUGCGUGGUGACUGUCUCCUGUUUUAGAUUUCGAUGCCACUGCUGUUACAAAUGCAGAGUGCAGUCAGGCCGAAUGAAAACUCAUUCUCUAGGAAGUCAAUUCGUGCAAGCGAUGAAGCAACCGAGGCGGACAAGUGGUUGUCUUGUGACUACUUAACGGACUCUUUAUUUGGACCGUGAAGUUGGAAGUCACCGGUCCCUUUUACUGUAACGCUGUAACGUUUGUGUGGGGGUGAGUCCUCUCCAGUCACUCUGUGCCCCCCUGAGAGGGCGGCACUGAUUUGGUUAGUGGCGGUUUGGUUCACCCUUCCCUUAGGAGCCUUGUCCUGUUGGGUUAUUUAUUCUGUUUGUCUAUUGUGAUGAUGCUACUGAAGAUGACUUCAGGAAUUUCCUUCUCAAAAAGAAAUAAUUAAAAAAAAAAGAAUUCUAAUGAAUGCUCUUCAGGUUUUUGUUGGGGAAAUCUUUUUCACAGUUGUAUCUGAGGCCAGAUUUUAAGAAUCAAAAUCUGAAAAAUCGAGUCCAUUCUUCAAGUGCACUGGAAUCCCUCUGGUGUUGCUACUAGGGAUGUGACUAACACGCACAUAUACUUUACAAGAUUGAUUGUGUCACAGCAAAUUCUUCUGUCUGUAUUUUUAUUUAAGGAACAUACUUUGACUCAUACUACAGAAGAAAUCAUGUAACUGUGAGUCAUAUCUUAAUGUAUUUCCAAACAUUUGGCAUGGUGUAAACUCAGCACUAAAGUAUUUCAGUGAGCGUGUACAUUUUAGUCAGAGUUAUGGUGUAAACACAUCUGAAACGCUACAAACUAAACUAUAAAACAAAACACGGAAAAGUGGAAGGCUUCAGUUUGCAGUUAGUGUAGACAUGGAAUCUUUUAAGUGAAAUGAAAGUGAAAAAAAUCGAAUUAAUUUUUGGCAAGCUUUUAAAAUGUGUGUUUGUCGUAAAUUAAAGUUCUAAGAUAUUCAGUGGAGUUCUUGAUAUUCAAAGAGAGUUUUGCUUUCAGUUUUCUGUCUUCUAACAUGGUCAAUCGAAUAAUAUAACUGCCUUAUUUGAGAGUGACAAAAUUGUAGGGUG